GGUCUCCUUUUGUCUCCAACAUUAGGAGAGAAAUUUCGACUUCAGCGGCAUAUAACCGCCCUCUGGCUCCCCUCCCAGGCAGAUUUACCCCAGCACCUCCUCUACACAUUGGCCCAGCAGCGGCUGAGCAGCACUUUACUAGGCUGUAACCACUGCCAUCGGCUCAACUUCUUCAGCAUCGUUUCAGUGUCUGUGGCGCUGCUGCCGGAGCUUGCGAGCCUGUCUUCAGUCUCCCCGUCUAGUCCUUUGUCUGUCUACAUCGGAUAUACAGUCGUCCGUCGUUUUUCGUCAAUUAGGCACAGGCGUAUGUGUUUUUUAAUUGAUCUGAGGACAUUUCCCACAGAUAAGAACAGUCUGCACCAAAGACGGGCUUCGGGUAUUAACGUUAUCCAAAGGUAGCUACAUCACCGAGGUUUAGUUUGAUCACUUCCACAUCAAGCCGCAGUCAUGGAUGAGAUGGACUUGCCCCAGAUGAAGAAGGAGGUAGAAAGCCUCAAGUACCAGCUGGCCUUCAAAAGGGAGAAAUCCUCAAAGACAGUGACAGACCUGGUGAAGUGGAUCGAGGAGUGUGUGCCUGAAGACCCUUUCCUGAAUCCUGAGCUGAUGAAGAACAAUCCAUGGGUGGAGAAGGGCAAGUGUGUGCUUCUAUAAAAGAGAAGCAGCAGCAGCAGCAGCAGCAGCAGCGGUCGCCCCAGCCCUCCGUCUGAGCCUCCACCAGCCUGACAGGAUCACACGGCACUUGCUCUCUUUCUUCUUGUUUCAUUACCUCACCAUGAAUGUACAGCAGCUUAGCAUCCACUGCACAACAAAACUCACACUCAUGCACACAACAUUAGCUCUAUAUAGUCAAUUGAAGAAUUUGACACUUUGACAUGCAUUACUAUUAUAUUUGUAACCAUCAAUAUACCUUUAUAUGCAGUUAGUGUAAUUUCUCUUGCCUACUCGACUUCAGUGUUGUCGCCGAGUUCAAGCAUGUAGUGUCGACAUCGAAAUGUUACUAUUUACACCAUACUCAGCAGUUACAGACAUUUUUAAACAUGUACAGAUUGUUUUAAUUUAUUAACUUAUUUAUGAUCAUUAAUUAAUUUAUUUAUGGUUUGAUUUGCUACUGAAGCUGUUGGCACCGACUGCUUUAAAAAUUACGAUGGACCUGCUGUUGUUCAACUGCACCCUUCCUUCCUCGAAAGCUAUGGAUAAUGUUUUAUUUUAUUUUUUUAACGCAUCUUGCCAGGUCACCAUCAAAUACUGCCUUGUACACAAUUUCCUUAAAAAGAAUGUAAGUGUGUGAGGGAUUAGUAAACCAUCAGCACCCUAAAGCAUCGAAUGGAUAUGCAAACGGAGAGGUUGUGCACUGGCCAAGGCUUUUUUUUUUUUUUUUUUAUUUUGAUUAAUAGCUCAAUCUUUAUUUAUGGCAAGGAUGUGGGGUUAAUCUGUGACUUUUGAUUUGUUCAUGUUUUUAUAUAUUCAAACAGUAGAAACCUGUCCAAUUAUCUAGAGGUGUGUUAUAUAUGAGAAUGCUUUGAGAAAAUAUGCAUAAGAUCAAGUACUAGUUUAAUAAAAAGCAAUAAGUGAUUACAUUUUUUAUUGAAUGUUUUACAGAACAUAUUACUGAAUAAAGUAGAGGAUUUUUAGACAGC